AUGUACGCCAGCAACGUCGUCCUCUUCGCCCUUAGCGCCCUGACCGCUUCCGCAAGCCCUCUGCUCCAGCAGCGCUCCUCUUACACUGCCUGCGCCACUGGCAUGUACAACAACAUGCAAUGUUGCAAGGAAAGCCUCGUUGGAGUUGCCGCCUUUGAAUGCAAGGCUCCCUCCAAGGAGCCCUCCAGCCUCGACGAGUUCAAGAGCCUCUGUGGUGCCCCCGCAGUUCACCCUCUGUGUUGCACCAUUCCUAUUGCUGGUCAGGACCUUCUCUGCAUGGACCCCCUCCCUGACAUGUCCGCCAUGUCUUCCAUGGGCAGCUCUAUGGGCGGUUCUAAGGGAGCCUCUGGCUCUUCCGGUAUGCCCUCCAUGGGCUCUGGCUCCACUGGCUCCACCGGUCUGCCCUCCACCCGCUAA